AGCGCACAGGACGAUGCGGUUUCUAAACUCUGUAGUGGUCAUCAUCUUUUCAGAUAAUAAAAAGCAGUCUUAUGCCGCUGUCGAUUUCCACGAAAAAAAUCGGUAUUUGCAGAGACGUUGAUAAUUAGUCAUAUUGUCUUAAAUGAAAAACCCACGAAUGAUUGUUUAGAAUGGACUGCUUCAAUUGAUCACCAACGAAUGGCAAUGGUGUGCUGCGGUUGAUGUCUUCCCGUGCAAACCUGGCGAAAUAUCUGCUUGCAUUGAAUUGGCAGUGAAAGUUUUUUUCUGGUAAUUCUGACCUCUCCGCAUAGACUGAGAUGGCGGAUGCAGCCGAGUGCGGCGUGAAAGUAAUGUGCCGAUUCAGGCCAUUGAAUGAAGCAGAAAUCACAAGAGGAGACAAAUACAUCCCUAAAUUCAAGGACGACGACACGGUGGUCAUAACGGGCAAGCCGUAUGUCUUUGACAGAGUUCUGCCUCCGAACACAGGCCAAGAGCAAGUGUACGAUGCCUGUGCCAAGCAGAUUGUCAAAGAUGUUCUGGCAGGGUACAAUGGCACCAUCUUCGCCUAUGGCCAAACCUCUUCAGGGAAGACACACACCAUGGAGGGCAAGCUGCACGACCCCCAGCUGAUGGGCAUCAUUCCUCGUAUCGCACACGACAUCUUUGACCACAUCUACUCUAUGGACGAGAACCUGGAGUUCCACAUCAAGGUUUCUUAUUUUGAAAUCUACUUGGACAAAAUAAGAGACUUGCUAGAUGUUUCAAAGACCAACCUCGCUGUCCAUGAAGAUAAAAACAGAGUGCCCUAUGUUAAGGGAUGCACAGAGCGCUUCGUGUCCAGUCCUGAGGAGGUGAUGGACGUCAUCGAUGAGGGCAAAGCCAACCGACAUGUCGCUGUCACCAACAUGAACGAACACAGCUCUAGGAGCCACAGCAUCUUCCUGAUCAACAUCAAACAGGAGAACGUCGAGACGGAGAAGAAGCUGUCGGGGAAACUGUACCUGGUGGACCUGGCUGGAAGCGAGAAGGUCAGCAAAACUGGGGCAGAAGGAGCCGUGUUGGAUGAAGCUAAAAAUAUCAAUAAGUCCCUUUCCGCUCUGGGGAAUGUCAUUUCUGCCCUGGCGGAGGGAACUAAAACCCACGUCCCAUACAGAGACAGCAAGAUGACCAGAAUCCUCCAGGACUCCCUGGGCGGGAACUGCAGAACCACCAUCAUCAUCUGCUGUUCACCUUCCAUCUUCAACGAGGCUGAAACCAAGUCCACUCUGAUGUUUGGACAGAGAGCCAAGACCAUCAAGAACACAGUGUCUGUGAAUCUCGAGCUGACAGCAGAGGAGUGGAAGAAGAAGUACGAGAAGGAGAAGGACAAGAACAAAAGUCUGAAGAGCAUCAUCCAGAGACUGGAGGCAGAGCUCAACCGCUGGAGAAAUGGGGAGGCUGUACCCGAGGAGGAGCAGCUCAGCGCCAAGGACCAGAAGAACUUCGAUAACACGCCCAUCAUCGACAACCUUGCCCCGCCCGUGGGCCUGCUGUCCUCUGAGGAGAAGAGCAAGUACGAGGAGAACAUUAGCAACCUUUACAAACAGCUGGACGACAAGGAUGAUGAGAUCAACCAGCAGAGCCAGCUGGCAGAAAAACUCAAGCAACAGAUGCUGGACCAGGAUGAGCUGCUGGCCUCCACACGGCGUGACUAUGACAAGAUCCAGGAGGAGCUGUCCCGGCUGCAGAUGGAGAACGAGGCGGCGAAGGACGAAGUGAAGGAGGUGCUGCAGGCCCUGGAGGAGCUGGCUGUCAACUACGACCAGAAGAGCCAGGAGGUGGAGGACAAGACCCGCGCCAACGAGCAGCUGGCAGAGGAGCUGGCUCAGAAGACUACGACGCUGGUGAUGGUGCAGCGAGAGCUGACCCAGCUGCAGGAGCUCAGUAACCACCAGAAGAAGAGGGCGGCUGAGAUCCUGAAUCUACUGCUGAAGGAUCUCAGCGAGAUCGGGGGCAUCAUCGGCACCAACGACAUGAAGGCGAUGACGGAGGCGAACGGCGUUAUCGAGGAGGAGUUCACCAUGGCGCGGCUCUACAUCAGCAAGAUGAAAUCGGAGGUCAAGUCUCUGGUCAACCGCAGCAAGCAGCUAGAGACCGCGCAGGCGGACACCAGCCGUAAGAUGCAAGCAAAUGAGAAAGAGCUGGCCUCCUGUCAACUGCUCAUCUCCCAGCACCAGGCCAAGAUCAAGUCUCUGACGGACUACAUGCAGAACAUGGAGCAGAAGAAGAGGCAGCUGGAGGAGAGCCAGGAUGCCCUGACAGAGGAGCUGGCCAAGCUGCACGCCCAGGAGAAAAUGCAUGAGAUGUCUGUAACGGACAAGGAGAAGGAGCGUAUCAGUAGACUGGAGGAUGCUGAGCAAAUUAAGAAGACUCUGGAGGAGCAGAUGGAAAGCCACAGAGAGGCCCACCAGAAGCAGCUGUCCCGUCUGAGAGACGAGAUUGACGAGAAGCAAAGAAUGCUGGAUGAACUCAAGGACCUGAACCAGGCCCUGCAGCUGGAACAGAAGAAGCUGAUGUCCGACUAUGACAAACUCAAGGCGGAGGAGCAGGAGAAGGACACAAAACUGCAGACACUCAUCAUGAUCAAUGAGAAAAGAGAGCAGGCUAAGCAGGACCUCAAGGGCCUAGAAGAGACUGUGGCCAGGGAGCUGCAGACGCUACACAACCUGCGCAAACUUUUUGUCCAGGACCUCACCACUCGUGUCAAGAAGAGUGCUGAGCUGGACUGUGAUGACGGAGGUGGCAGUGCUGCCCAGAAGCAGAAGAUCUCCUUCCUUGAGAACAACCUGGAGCAGCUUACAAAGGUCCACAAGCAGCUGGUGCGCGACAACGCGGACCUGCGCUGCGAGCUCCCGAAGCUGGAGAAGAGGCUGCGGGCCACGGCGGAGCGCGUCAAGGCCCUGGAGACGGCGCUGAAGGAGGCCAAGGAGAACGCCAUGCGCGACCGCAAGCGCUACCAGCAGGAGGUGGACCGCAUCAAAGAGGCCGUGCGCGCCAAGAACAUGGCCAGGAGGGGGCACUCUGCCCAGAUCGCCAAGCCAAUUCGACCAGGACAUCACCCAGCAUCCUCUCCUACGCCAGCUGCCGCCACCAUUCGUGGGGGAGGAGGAGGGUCCGGCCACCACCACAACAGCAAGUAAAAUGGAGCCCUUCUGCAGCGCAUGUACAGACCACCUGCCCAGCGGAUCACUCCCCUUGCCUGACACCCCACAUUGCACCCAUCCUACAGAGGCCCCCUGCUGGUCCUUAGGGGAGCUGCACCUCCACAGACUGAUCUCACACUCCGCCGUCUCACAGGGGCAUCCAGCAUCCUCGCCAGCCUGCGGCACAGUCAAUGUUGAAGGAAAAAAAGCAAGACUCCUCUCCUCACUUAGCCAGAGCUGUCUGCCUCUCUCUCUAUGUCUAUGUCUCUCUCUUGCUCUCUCUCUCUCUCU